AUGCAGCCAACCACUCAAGCCACCAAGAAGGACUCUUCUGACAAGAAAGACAACUACAUUGUCAGAGGAUGGGGCUGUGACCCUCAAUGCGUUAUCGCAUGA